UGUAACCUUUGGAAGAAGAGGCCAGGAAACGGAGAUCAUUGUUACAAUUCUUCUAAACAUUAACUAGUUUAAUUACCCGUCACUUGUGUAUGUCUAUGAGCUUGCGUGUGUUAGUUAUCCCCAUUAACUCGGUUCCUGCAACACACGGAAACAAAGAAUCUAUAAGGCGCUUAAAAAUGGCUUCAGCUAUGGAGAACUGGAAAAUCUUCAGACUGAUAUUGAAAAGAAAAUUCGACACUUUUUUAUCGCUUCUGAAAUCUUCGAAGAAAGAGAUGAGAAUCCGGUGCCUGGUUUCGGACGCAAGCGACGUGAUCCAUGAAGUUCUACUUCACCAGAAGGCGAAGGGCCAAAAUUGCCUCGAUCAAGUUUGCCAGCAACUUGGUAUUUUAGAGGUUGAUUAUUUUGGUCUUCAGUAUGAAGGAAAUAAAGGAGAACAGCUAUGGUUGAAUAUGCGCAACCGCUUAAACCAACAACUCAACAGACAGCCACCAUACCGGCUUCUUCUAAAGGUCAAAUUUUUUGUACCUCCCCAUUCCUUGUUGCAAAACACAACCAGGCAUCAGUUUUCUCUUCAAGUUAUAAAAGAUCUCAUGAGUCAGAAAUUACAAGUUUCUGACAAAACCACUUGUAUAAACAUAUGUGCGUUACUUGCACAGUUGUCUAAAUUAGAUCAAAACCCUGUCACCGAGUUCACUGAAUCAAUCUAUACAACACUUGUUGAAAAGAUUGGUGGAGGUUUAGCUCUAGCCAAUGAAGUUGCUGAACAACAUACCGGCAUUUCAACUUUGAACCCAGCCCAAGCUGAAUACAAGCUGCUGCAAGAAGUUGCUGAACUUCCAAACUAUGGAAUAUCAUUCCAUGAAGCCAAGAACUGUAGUGGAGAAAAUGUUCAUAUUGGAGUUGGACCUGAAGGCAUUACUAUUUUUGAUGAAAAUUUAAUACAAGUUGAGACUGUUGAUUUCCAUAUGAUGCAGAAGGCUACACUUGCUGACCGUGUUGUAUUUGUUCAGCUGAUUAAUCAAGCAACUGAAGAAGAUAGUAGAACUGUUGGCUUCAAACUAGUCAGUGAGAAGGCAGCAAAGGCCCUUUACCGUUGUAUGACUGAAACUCAUUCUUUCUAUCGAUGUGACACAGUUCGCAGUAUUGUAGCCACGCAAUACUGUCGGGAUUUAAAAGGGACUUUUGUCUCCCUAUUUAAUGAGAACACAUCAUUAGGUAAAACCUAUAUUUUUGACAUUAAACGAACAAGUCAAGAGGUCCAUGAUCAUGUACGGAGAAAACUUUACAAGAUGAGCAACGACAUUGAAACAGAAACAAAUUCCACUGCAACAAACAUGUCAAAUGAGCCUGAAGAAAAUGAAGUGAGCAGUCUUAGAAAUACAGUUCAAACAGUGAAGGACUCUUUAACAUGUCGAAUCUGCAUGAAUGCAAAUAUCUCAACAGUUCUGUGUCCAUGUGGCCAUCUUGUCUGCUGCAGAGUCUGUGCACCUCAUAUCAAAGAAUGUCCUCUCUGUCGAGAAAAAAUCAUAAGAAUUCAAAAAAUUUACUUGCCCUUUGAUAACUUUACAGCCAAUAACUCCGAUGAAGAUUCCUGAUGACAUGAUGAUCUGCUUCAGUUUUUUUUUUUAACCUCCAAAAUUCGUCAUCUUAUUGACAGAACUACAAACAGUUGUAUAUUAUUAUUACUAUUAUUAUUAUUAGGUUUAUUAUGUGUAUUAAUGAAGGUGGUGACCUGGCAGAAUCAUUAGCACACCAGGCAAAAUGCUUUAGUGGUAUUUCAUCCAUCUUUAUGUUCAGAGUUCAAAUUCUGCCAAGGUUGACUUUGUCUUUCAUCCUUUCAAGGUCAAUAAAAUAAAUGCCAGUUGAUCACUGGGAUCAAUGUAA